AUGGAGCGUGGUGGUACUGAGAGCCCCUGUCUGCGGGACAGUCCCGAGCAGAGAGGGGACAGCCCGGACACCUGCGCCCCCCCGCCGGGCAAGAUGAGCCGUCUGGAGGUCAACGGGAGCCCCACGGGUCCACGCACGCGCCUCAACGGCACCCCGUUACGGCCCCUCGGAGGUCUGAUGAUCCCUGUGUACUGUGUAGUGGAGCAGGUAGAUGGGGUCGUGUCUGGGGGUGUGGUCUCUGACGGGGAUGGGCGUGGUGACAGACAUGCUGAGUUUGUAUUGGUUCGUAAGGACAUCCUCUUCACCCAGCUGGUGGAGACAGCCCUCGUGGCCCUGGGCUACUCCCACAACUCAGCCGUGCAGGCGAGAGGCAUCAUCAAAGUGGGCCACUGGAACCCCAUGCCCAUCCACUACCUGACUGAUGCCCCCGAGGCCACCGUCGCCGACAUGCUGCUGGACGUCUAUCACAUGGUUACCCUCCGCAUCCUACUGCAGAGCUUUUCCAGGCUGGAGGAUCUGCCGUCAGAGCAGUGGAACCACGCUACGGUGAGGAACGCCCUCAAAGAGCUACUGAAGGAGAUGAACCAGAGUUCCCUGGCCAAGGAGUGCCCUCUCUCUCAGAGUAUGAUCUCUGCCAUAGUCAACAGCUCAUACUAUGCCAACGUGUCCACCUCCAAGUGCCAGGAGUUUGGCCGCUGGUACAAGAAGUACAAAAGGAUUCAAGUGGAGAGGGACAGCAUGUCAGAUGUAUGUGGCCUGGGACAGCGCCCCCCCUCUCACCUGACCCCACCAAACCAGCUUGGAGGGUUAUCCCUCAAGGUUGGACUAGGGGACCCCCAAACCCCCAGCCAGCAACAAGCCCUCCCCCACCCGUCUCAGCAGCACUCACCCCACGGCCAGCACCACUACAGCUCACCGCCCAGAGGCCAGGCGCCCCCUCCCGGUCCUCCGGCCUCCCUCCAACCCUUACUUGGCCCAGGCGGUCUCCUCUCCCCCCAGCUCAGCCCUCAGAUGGUCAGGCAACAACUGGCCAUGGCCCACCUCAUCAACCAGCAGCUAGCUGUUAGCCGCCUGCUAGCCCACCAGCACGGUCCGCAGGCCCUCCACCAGCAGCAGCACCAACAGUUCCUCAACCACCCACCCAUCCCGCGCUCCUGCAAAGCCCCAGGAGGCCUCACUGAUCCUGGGAUGAAUCCGUCGACCGUGGAGGUCUGUCCGGACAUCUACCAUCAGGUCAGAGAGGAGCUGAAGAGGGCCAGCGUCUCUCAGGCUGUGUUCGCCAGGGUGGCCUUCAACCGCACACAGGGCCUGCUGUCUGAGAUCCUUCGUAAAGAGGAGGACCCUCGCCAGGCCUCCCAGUCACUCCUGGUCAACCUCAAAGCUAUGCAGAACUUCCUGAACCUCCACGAGAGCGAACGCGACCACAUUUACCAGGAGGAGCGUGAACGCAGCCUGAACCCCAACCUAGGCAACCUGACCCCAACCAAUCAGAACUCCAGCUCCACUGGCCAGCGACUCACACAGCCCAAGCCCCCCCUGACCCAGGUCAGUGCUGAGCUGCCCCUGAAGUCCCUGGUCAACAUCAACAUUACAUCUGGGAUCUAUGAUGAGAUCCAGCAGGAGAUGAAGAGAGCCAAGGUGUCCCAGGCCCUGUUCGCCAAGGUGGCCGCCAACAAGAGCCAGGGCUGGCUGUGUGAGCUGCUGCGUUGGAAGGAGAACCCCAGCCCAGACAACCGGACUCUGUGGGAGAACCUGUGUACCAUUAGAAGGUUCCUGACCCUGUCCCAGGCUGAGAGAGACAUGGUGUAUGAAGAGGAGUCCAAGCACCACUACAGUGAGAGGCUUCACACUGUCCUCCACAUGUCUCCAGAAACACAGGCACUGCACAGGCAGCCCUUACCUCCAAGGAAGGCCCCAUCCCCAUCUCCCAUGCGGGACCCAUCCCCUCUCCUCACUCCCACGCCUGGCACCAGAGGCCACAACUCGGAUGGGACUCGAGGCAAGGACAACGGCAGCGUGAGUGGCAGCUCCAGUGGUGGGUCCAAAAAGCUGCGGUCGCGUACCCGGAUCUCCCUGGAGGCUCUGGCCAUCCUGCAGAGCUUCAUCGGUGACGUGGGCCUCUACCCUGACCAGGAGGCUAUCCACACCCUGUCGGCCCAGCUGGACCUUCCCAAGCACACCCUGGUCAAGUUCUUCCAGAACCAGCGCUACCACGUCAAGCACCACAACAGCACCACCCAGAUGAGCCAUGCAGGGGAGGGGGAGGCGGGGGAGGAGAGGGACGGCGAGGGGGUGGAAGGGACUGAGUACCGCGACGGGGAGCUGCUCUCUGAGUCGGAGGGAUCAGACGUCGCCGAGUCCAGCGAGGACGGGCGGGGUGGUUCCGAGGAGACUGACAGAACAGAGGGAAGAGAGAGCAGCUUGCUGGAUCUUCUGCUCCUAAUUCUGCCCUGA